ACCCGUUGUACUUGCGUUUUUAUCGUAUACCCGUUGCCUGGUUGAACAGUACAACACUAGUAUUAUGCAGUGUCCAACACCGACCGGUAGCCGGAGCGCGUUGGUUUCGGUCGAAACGGGUUUCGCGUAUGGCGCGAUAGUGCGUGCAAAAAUAUCGCCCAAAAAAUUCUGUUGGUUUUUUAUUUUCUAGAAUAUUUUUUUCGCGUCGUCAACCUAGUGCUGCGCUCGGUGUUAUUUUUGAAUGGGUGUUUCGGUUUACCGGGAAGUGACUAUGACAUCAACUUCUGGGGCGAUGGCGGCGGCCAUGGGAUCGUCGUCCACUACCGCUGCUAAAACAUCCAACGUGCUCAUGUGCCGUCAAUGGUGGAAAGUAUGUUGGAUGUACGGUGAUCAGGAAAAAUAUUACAGACAAUUAUACGGAGCUGCGAAAAAAUCAGCAACUUCGCCAUCGGCGGGCAAAGGAAACGGCAAGACUACCGUCAUGGAACUUCAACAAAUGUCGACCUUUUCCUUUGCCUCACCUCCUCCAACUAACUAUGGACUUGUCGAUAGACAAGUGUGUCGCAAUUGCAGUUGUCCUCGAGACGACCACGACAGACCGACACCGUCUUUCCAGCAACGUACUCAACCACAACUACCGCAGAUUGAGGCGACCACAAUAAUGUCGGCAUCACCCGGCUUAAAGAAGGGUACUCCACCGCCACCGUUACCAACAGGUCCACCAGGUUACGAACAGGCACUCGGAGGAUACGACAAGCUCUUGGGGGGAGGGAGUGGAGGAGGAAGUAGCUCCAGUAGUACCCUUGUUGGUCGCAAAGACCACGGCCACCAUCACCAUGGAAUAGGAACGGCCAACGGUGAUCCCCAACAAAGACACUCGCAUUCCGAUGACGAUUCCGGAUGUGCAUUAGAAGAGUAUACUUGGGUGCCAGCUGGUCUUAGACCCGAACAGGUACACCUCUAUUUUGCGGGCGUGCCAGAAGACAAGGUACCAUACCUGAACUCUGCGGGUGAGCGGUAUCGGGUGAGGCAACUUCUGCAACAGUUACCGCCACAUGACAACGAAGUACGGUAUUGUCGAGGUUUGUCGGAUGAAGAGCGAAAGGAACUUAAGUUAUUCAGUGCGCAGAGGAAACGAGACGCUCUGGGUCGAGGAACUGCCAAGCAGCUGGUCGCAUCGGUUCCAUGUCAAAACUGUCAAGAAACCUUACAGCCCGGCGAUAUGGCAGUAACAGCUAGUCGUAUCGGAUCCGGAGCUGCUUGGCAUCCAGCGUGUUUUGCCUGUCGCGUGUGCAAAGAAAUUUUGGUUGAUCUAAUAUACUUCUGCAAAGACAAUUAUAUUUACUGCGGUAGGCAUCACGCGGAGACACUUAAACCAAGAUGCUCGGCUUGCGAUGAGAUUAUCUUGGCUGAUGAAUGUACGGAAGCUGAAGGUCGUGCGUGGCACAUGAAGCAUUUCGCAUGUCUCGAAUGUGACAAGCAACUGGGAGGUCAGAGGUACAUCAUGAGAGACGGUCGUCCGUAUUGCCUUCAAUGUUUCGAUGGACUGUUUGCCGAAUAUUGUGACUCUUGUGGAGAUCCUAUCAGCGUCGACCAUGGACAAAUGAGUCAUGAAGGUCAACACUGGCAUGCUACGGAACAGUGUUUUUGCUGUCAUACGUGCAGGUGUUCAUUAUUGGGUCGUCCAUUCUUGCCACGCAGAGGCGCCAUCUAUUGCUCUAUAGUCUGCAGUAAAGGCGAACCGCCGACGGCCACGACGCCUCCUUCAGACGGAGGUAGUACGCUGGGACUGGCGUCUCAACAACCCGAGUCGGAAGCUGCUGCCGCGGCCGAUGUGGCCGCGGCGGCUGCAGCUGCAGCUCCCACACAACAUCAACAACCAGCCGCAGUUGAACCCGACUCACCAACUGCCAUCAGAAGGACACACGACGCUUCACCUACACCAUUACAUCAACUUAAUGCAACCUCUUCGAUGGGACUAAAUCGAUUACCGAAGAGGGACGCCGAAACAUUUCACUCGACGUCUCUUUCUUGUGGAAAAACAGCGUCCCCCUCACCUUCUCCAAUUCAUAAACAAUGCCGACAACGAACGCCUGAUCAAACCUUAGCGCUCUGUCAAAAUGCAGCCAAUGGCGGCGCUGUCCGGCCAACCGAUUUAGACGUGCAGCUACGACAAACACAUCGCAAUAGGCGACGGUGCAACGAUGUCGUACAGGUGCAGUCCAGAAGUGUUUUGACAGUGGUCAACGAUCGUCGUCGCUUCUCGACCGAUGACGAUGACGAUAAUCGAGACGUGGGAAAUGACGAACCCGAUGUUGGACGUCGGCUGGACGACACGCUGUACGGACUACAGCAACUGCUGAGUAACGGAAAAUUACCGCAGCGAUUUAUCGAAAAGCUCAUCACCGACGAAGAAAUUACAGACAGACUCCUCACCGAAUUCGAAAAGUUGACGGCUGGUGAAAAAACGUUCUCCUCGCCUUCUUGGCGGCCAAAAGCCGACUCUUCGUUAGAACCGCCACCGCCAAUGGCGGUAAUGGAGCAAUCGACUCCCGAACUGAUGGCGUCGCCUGGGAGACGGAGCGUUCGGUUUGACGCGGCUACUGCUUCUUCGUCUGAGAAAAGUCGUCCCGAUCGCCGCCGAAACGGACGCAGGAGACGGCGUCCACCUCCGCCUCCCCCGCUUCAUUCCGACGACGACGACAUUCGUCCGUCCAGCAGCAAUCGCUUAGCCGACGAUGACGAUUCGCACAGUUGCUGUUCCACCUGUUCCUCGAGUUCCGGCAGUGAACUGGACGAUUUGUCCAUUUAUCGAUUGCCUCCGAAAAAGGCUUCCGGAUCAGGCAAUAGCGGAGCGGCCAGGAUAUCGUACGUGGUGCCAAACGAUGCCAUUGCUUACGCCAAACAACAAGCCAACGCUUACGGUACUACCAAUUGUAAAAAACCUAACGGCAGUAUUGGCGCACAAACAAACGGACAACCGGCGGAUGAUAAAAAUUGUAGUAUACAGUGAAAUUAGCUUCGUAUCAGUUAUAUGUACACUCGUGUAGCUGUUAAAACAAACAGUAUUUGUAAUAUAACGUUUUUACAUUUAUAAAUGUAUAUUUUUAUGUAAAAAUAGUUGAAUAGUUGUCAAACAUUUUUAUAUGUAGUAAGAAUUGUGGUCUUCCAAGAUAGAUUCGUAAUACGUUUAGUGUGUUAUUAAUUACUGUACUUGCCAAAUUUUGUUUUAUUUUUAUUUAUUUUUUUCAUGUUAUUAAAUACAGAAAUUAUUAAUC